AUGGGUAAUUUAUUCUCGCGACAUAAGACACGUUUGAUACCUGAUGAAGAUGAUCAAUUUUUUGAUUGUCUUAAUGAUGACGAAUCACAUGAACAUAAUGAACAAAUUAGUGAAAAUAAUACAAAAACAAUUUCACAUUAUUAUGCUGUAUGGAUUCCAUCGAAUGUUGAAACUACAGAAAACCAAUUUAUUUUUGAUGAUAUGAAAAGUGCUUUUACUCUUUGUAAAAAAUAUAGUAAACAUAAUAGUCGAGUGAAAAUUUUUGCUAAUUAUCAUGAUGCAGAAAAUUUUAUUCAACAAAAACGAAAUAAUACAACGAGUAAUGAUGAUGUUAAUGUAUCAGUUGAACAAAUAACAAAACCAAUAAAUAAUGAUGCAGAAAAAUUGCCAUAUAGUGAUGUACCAACAUCUGAACUAACAAAACUCUAUAAUAUUGUUGAGAAAGGUGAUGAAAAUGAAUUUGAACGAUUAAUUUGGUCAAAUCCUCGUUAUUUAAUAAGCAGUGGUGACUCACCAACAAUUGUCAAAAUUUCAGUUCGAUAUAAUAGUAUGCAUGUUGCUGCAUUAUCUGGCCAAUCUUCAAUAAUUCGCAUAUUAAUUAAAACAAUAAAAAAUGUUCAUUUUAUUCGGCGUCUUUAUAUUAGUGAUACAGAAACACAAACACAACAACGUAUUAAAUUUAUUCUUGAUAUGUAUUUAAAUACACCAGAUAAAAUGCAAAAUGAAAGUCCACUUCAUCUUGCAUCGAAAUUUGGACAUUAUGAUGCCGUAUGUGCUUUACUUGAUGAACCAAGUUGUAGUAGAGAUGCAAUCAAUAAAACUGGUUUAACAGCACGUGAUAUUGUUUGCAGUCGAGCAAAGGAUAAAUCAAAAGAAAAAAAAAUUCUUCAAUUAUUCGAAUCUAUUUAUUAUAUUCCGAUUUAUAGUCGAAAAGUAACGAUGGAAAAAACCAUUUCAAAACCAGUUGAUGAAACAACAUUUAAACCACUUUUAAAUAUGAUUCAACAAGGUGCAUCUAAUCUACCUAUUGAAUCCGAGAAUGAUCUGACAUUAAUUGCCUUUGCUGGUCCAACAACUUAUGAUUUGGCUAUGAAAUUCUACACAUCAGUUUCAACUUCAACACGUGGCCAAGCCCGUCGUGCCCAAAGUCUUUCAUCAUCACCAAAAAGUCCAGUAUAUAUUGUUCGUAGUGAUGCUGAAAAAGGUUUGGAACGUAUAGCUCGAAGUUAUGCAUUGGAGAGUUAUUCAAUAAAUUGGUGUGAAUAUUGGCCAUUUCUUGAUACAUAUGUAAAUUUAUCAUCAAAUGACGGUAUUCGACUAUUAGAAUAUUAUCUUCAACAACGUAUUUUACAUUCUCAAAUUUUAAAAACAAUAAAUCAAUUAGAAAAAUUUUCAAGUCAAUAUUUGUUAAUUGAAGAAGAAAAAAUUUCUAAUGAAAAUGAUUUAAUACUUAAUUCUAUAUCACAAUUAAUACAAUCAUUUUAUGCAUUAAUUGAUUUAUUUUAUUUAAAUGAUUUUGUAUUAAAUCGUAAUUAUCGUCAACAUCUUGAAUAUGGUGGUUUUGAAAAUCAACAAAAUAAUGAAUUAAAUACAAUUAAAACGAAUAUUAUUAAUCAAUUACAAUGGUUAUCAACAGAAAAUAAAAAUAUUUUAUCUUUAUUUACUCGUUCAUUACUUAAUUGUUUAACAAUGGUGUUUACAUUAAUUAUAAGUCCAUCAGGUUGUGCAUUAAUUGAUCAAAUACAACAUAAUCAAUAUGAAUUACGUCAUAAUCAAGAAAAAAUUCGUCCAGCAUCGAGACUUAGUUUAAUUGGACUUGUUUGUCCAAAACGAAGACAAUCUCGCCGUUCAUUCAAAUCUCAAAAGCAACAACAACAAAUGAUACGAGCAAAUUCUUGGCCAAAUUUAUCAUCAUCAUCCAUAGAUGUAUCGAAUUUUCGGCGAUGUCAUUCUCAAAUUGAACUUAAUAAAAAUAAUAAUAAUUAUUCAUCAUCAAGUUUAUUAAACGAAGCAACAAGAAAAUCACUUAGUGAUUUAGCACAACAAUCGCUUUCUACUUCACAUACUUCAUCAAUAUUUUCAUCACAAACAAGUGUAGAUAUGCUAAGAGAAGAUGAUAAAACAAAAAUUCAAAAAUGGCAUUACUUCUUAGCAGGUUCCCAACCAACAAAACUUGAUGCACAUGUUGUACGUGCAAUAGAUUUAAAUAAGUCAAUAAAUAUGAAUAUUCGACAACAAUAUCGUCUUUGGUCAAAAUGGCAUCAAGCUGUUCAAAUGCGUCCAAUUGAAGAACAAAAUUUAUGGACAACGCCAAUAAGAAAUUCGUCACCAUCAAAUCGAAAGGUGAGAAUCGAGCAUGUUUACUAUCACCGCUCGUUAAUCAUCAAUUCACCUUAA